AUGUGGCAGUCCAAUACCGGCGGCUGCGGCUCGAGCGCCGACAGCAGCGAGCGCCGAUGCCGGCGGCUGCGGCUCGCGCGCCGGCAGCAGCGGGCGCCUCCUCCGCUGCUUCGGUGGGAGUCGUCGGAAAUCAUAUGUGGGAGCUUCGACUUGGCGGUGGCGCUGUUCAACGGCGGCGAGUUCCACGCGCGCCACGAUGUCGUGGAGGAGCUCUGGUACACCACCGACGAGCCCACCCGGACGCUGCCGGCUGCUCCACGCAUCCUCCAGUGCGCCGUCGGCUUCCACCACCUCUUCAACCAAAACCACCGUGGUGCCAUGAUGGAGCUCGGGGAAAGCCUCUGCAAGCUCCGCAAGCUGCGUCUCGACGACACUACGAGCCCCUUCUCCCGCUUCGAGAAGGAGGUCACCGCCGCGCUCAACUUCACCUACCGCACACAGAAGGAGCUCGCGGCAUGCACCGACGAUCUCUACCUCACCAUGGAUGGCUCCGUGACCUCCCACCAGCUGCUUGGCAACUUCGCCGCUGACUAG